UACGUCCUGGCGUAAUGACGUCAUAGCUAAUUUCAAAAUGGCUUCUGUCUCCGGCUAAGGGUUGAGCUGCCGCCGGAGACAUAGACAAGUAGGACGGGCUAACCCUUUAAUAACCACCCGCCAUCCUGUUCCGUCUUCUUAUCAAGGGGAAAGCCGUCAGCGCUUGGGAAUUAAUUUCUUCAUCUUUUUAUACUGUGGAAUACAAGUACAAUGCAAACGCAUUCCAGGGCCGGGGGGAAGAGGAACCCCGGUUUUCCAAUAGAGCAGCAGCGACGCAGCAGCGUUUUUAGUGUGGGCUUGUACGGGGCUUGUAAAUGAAAUGGAAAUAUCGGAAAACGGAGCAUCCCUGCUACCGUUGUCUGUGGAUGUGAACGAAAACGAAGAGAAUGGGGAAAGCUACGGCACGUUGCCAGGCUACAAGGGCGACAACCCGACUGUUGCAUUAAGGAGAGGUCCGAAGCCCUGUUCGGAAGACAGUGCGCCCGUCUCCGCUCUUUCCGCCGCUGACAGUCAAAAGGCUGUUCAGAAGGAAGCAGUUCAAGAGAAUGUUUCUAUUUUUCCGCCCGACACAGCAGGAGAUAUGAAGAUGCUAGAUCUGUUGGCAGAGCGACCCCCUGCCGGGGCUCCCCUUACAGACGGAGGGCUCAACGGAUUUACCGGUUCGUCAAGGCAGCAGCAACAACUUCCUAUAUGGGAGGUAUCUGUGAACGAAGAGGGAAGGUCGGGGUUUCGAUGCCAGCUUCCCAUUCCUUCUCUCACAGAGUCAGAGACGCUCCCUGACGUGGCUGCCGACUAUGGAAAGUUGCCGCAGAGACGAGACGGGGGUCGUUCGUCUGUCGGAUCAUGUGACGCUGCGGUCGACAUGAAGCUCGCGAACGGUGUGCUCCAAGGAGAUUGUCACACUGUGGCAACAGGGCCCUCAGAACAGACGGUAAAGCUGCCAAAUGGUGGCUUGAGUUACAGUGGGACGCUGUCAUCUUUCAGUCUCGAGAGAGAGGAAGGAAUCGCCGCGGGCGAUGGCAGUUUGCAAAUCAAAAAGGUUUCGUCCGAGUCGGAGACAGACACCGAGCAGAGUUCAGGUCCAGGGUUGAGCAGCCCCGCGAGCACUUGCUGUCAGCCUGUGCACAGUACUGGGGAGCGGCAGCCUCAAGAUGAACCCGAAUGUGCCGACGUUCGUUUACACCUCAGGACUAGCGCCAGUACCGAAGACGCGGCCUCUUCGGAUGUCCGAUUCAUGGAUGUCAGUUUGUGUUCUAGAAACACGUUCGAAGUAAGCCGGCGACAGAGCGCUCCGGACAACCUGCCCGAUGGCUUAAGUUUGCCCGAAGAAGAGAGCGACCAGAGCACUAAACCCAGGAAGCUGGGCAUCACGGAUUUUUUCAGCAGGAAUCUAUUUUCCAGGAAGAUAAAAGACUUAAAACCACCAUCCCAGAGUGUACCUGGCUGGAAAUUAUUUGGAAAAGUGCCUUUGAGAGAAACCACUCCAAAAGACCCAAAAACUAUUCAGCAGGACAGUAAUCCUGGCAAUCUUACAUCUGUAUCAACACCAAAUCUGUUAAGCACAGUGGAAUAUGAAACACGAUCAGCAAGAACAACCAAUCACCAUCCACAGUCGGGACGUCGUAAAAACCUUGAAUUUGAACCACUUUCAACAACGGCACUCAUUUUAGAAGACCGGCCUGCAAAUCUUCCAGCAAAAUCGGCAGAAGAAGCCUUGCGACACAGACAAGAGUAUGAUGAAAUGGUGGCUGAGGCAAAGAAACGAGAAGUGAAAGAGGCACAGAAAAAAAAGAAAAUAAUGAAAGAAAGAUACAAGCAGGAGGAGACAAUAGCCAAUGCAAUGGUGAUUUGGAAUUCUGAGAUCCUUCCCAACUGGGAAGUCAUGCGAAAUACUCGAAAAGUACGUGAGUUGUGGUGGCAAGGUCUACCACCCAGUGUGAGAGGAAAAGUCUGGAGUCUCGCAAUUGGAAAUGAGCUCAACAUUACUCAUGAGCUGUAUGAAAUUUUUUUGUCAAGAGCAAAGGAAAGGUGGAGAAGUUUUGGUGAAACAGCAUCAGAGAAUGAGCCAGAAGAUUCUUUGUUGUCUGGUGCAGAUAGAGAGUCAAGUUUAGAAUUGAUAAAGCUGGAUAUUUCUAGAACAUUCCCAUCUCUCUUUAUAUUUCAAAAGGGGGGACCAUAUCAUGAUCUUCUUCAUAGUGUGCUGGGAGCCUAUACUUGCUAUAGACCUGAUGUUGGUUAUGUUCAAGGAAUGUCUUUCAUUGCUGCUGUUCUCAUCCUAAAUUUAGAAGAGGCAGAUGCUUUUAUAGCUUUUGCCAAUCUUCUUAACAAGCCUUGUCAGAUGGCUUUUUUUCGAGUGGAUCAUGAUUUGAUGUUGAAAUAUUUUGCUGCAUUUGAAGUCUUCUUUGAGGAAAGCCUUCCAAGAUUAUUUGCACAUUUUAAAAGUUAUAACCUAACACCAGACAUCUAUCUUAUUGACUGGAUAUUUACACUUUAUAGCAAGUCUUUACCACUUGAUUUGGCUUGUCGAGUUUGGGAUGUCUUCUGUCGAGAUGGGGAAGAGUUUUUAUUUCGAACAGGUCUUGGAAUUCUUAAAUCAUAUGAAGAUAUACUUCUUCAGAUGGACUUCAUUCAUAUUGCCCAGUUUCUUACCAAACUGCCUGAAGACAUGACAUCUGAAAAACUCUUCAGCUGUAUUGCAGCUAUUCAGAUGAUGAGCAGUAAUAAAAAGUGGGCCCAAGUAUUUGCUACACUAAUGAAGGAUAACAAGGAAGGAGACAAAAAUCAGAGUCCAGCACUAAAAAGUUAAUAUUUAAUAUUUAAGAGAAUGUGUGCUACACUUUAACCACAAAUGAUGGAUAUAUGUCAAAACUAUCCAAAAAUAGACCACUACAGUCUUGGGAAACUAUUGCCAGUGGAGAUUCCUGGACAAAUUUACUUUUUUUUUUAUUAUGUCAGUAAGGAAUCAUUAAGCAAUAUGUGAAUAACAAAUAUUUCUAGCACCACUGUCAGUAUUACUGGUAACGUGUAUAUCAAAGGGCAUAAGGAAAGUGAAGCUAAGAUUUUAUUAAAAACAAACUUUUUUUUUUUUUUUUUUUUUUUUUUACCCUGUCAUAAAAUUUAGAACAUCUUUCCAGUAUGUGCUCUAAACUAACCAAAUUUACUUAGAUGUUUUGACUAAAAAUUGUCAUCAUAUUACAUAUUUAUAGAUGUUGUAAACUACUCUUAACCGUCCUACUGAAUUUAUCUCCCCUACAAGGUUAACAGAUUGAUGAGAAAGUAUUUUAUAUGGGCCACUCCAGUUAAUUUAUUACACUUUUAUUAGAUUGUUUUAUUCAAAUGUCUUCAAAGGGGUAUCACUUCUUUAAAUACAAUUCCAUAAACAUUCCUUAUGGUAAGCACUCUUCAGGAUGACAGUCCAUUAAAACUGAACUAUGUCUGCUGUCAUUUGGCAUCUUGGUACUGAGUUUUUUCCAUUAAAACUGAUGUAUUUAAUGCGGACUGCAAGUUUGUUUUAAUACAUAAAAGAAAAUGUAAUAAUUUUCCAGCCAAUGACUGAAAGCAUUUAUUGAGCACACAGAAUAUUUUUGAAAAACUGUAUUUUUUACAAAGUGCAAUAGAGAAUUUAAAAUGGCACAUGGGAUUUAAAUGUUUUACAGUGCAACGGUUUGCAGUUAUGUUGCCUUUUUCUGGCUUGUGGGUAAAUGAAAACUGAAGUUUUUUUCUGUGGUUGCAAGCUUUGGUUAAGUCCGCAAGUAUAAUGUUAACAGUACAGUACAUAUUGAGAGUAAGGUUAAAAAAUUGUCAUUUUUUUUUCUCAUUUUUCAAGAAACACAUUUUUUGUUGUCUGUUAAAUUUUUUCUUCAUACAAUAUUGAAUGCAUUUUUUUUCUCAUCCACUUUCCAGUACACUUUUCUAUGGUUAAUUUUACAUAGUCUUUUUAUGUUAUGGCAGUAUCAUGUAGUUCUUCAUAAUAUUUUAUUUGACCACACAUAAUUGAUUUAUGUUGGGAUUUUAUGUUUAUAUUUUUUUGCCUUUUCUUUGUCUAUUUAAUGCUGUAUUACUAGCAUAUAUUUGGAUGGUAUUGAUUUUAAUUUAUAUAUUCAAGUUCUGUCAUCUAUUUCUUGUUUUUUCUACUUCUGCCUUUUGAUUGUACAGUUUUUCAUACUUACCAUGAAGGUACUGUAUAUAGAAAUUGUUUGUAAAUAAAUGGGCUCUUUCCCAGUUACAAGACCACUAAUUGCAAUUCCCGUGUGUAAAUAAAUCUCUGAGCAAACUGCA